AUUUUUUAGACUAGACUCCCUAAGGAAGAUGAUAUCCAUUUCACUGCAUAAGAGUAUUCGCCCUUUUGAUGGCGCUGUCGAUGUAAAUAGACAAAUUACGUCACAGUGAAGACGCCAUACGCUUGCGAUUUAUUGUUUGUUUUUAUUGUUAACGCAGUAUUUUAGCAAAUCAAUUGUUUCUUCUAUUUCACAUUCCUAAUUUAGAAUUUAGUUAGGUUGAUUUGAUAAAGUCAAUGGUUUUUAUCGUGUUUAGUUCGGGUCAACUUUACUGUCACGGUGGCGUCGGUGGAGUCUCAGUCUAGCUGUAGCCCUGACUGUAGCUGUUGCUAACCUAAAUCUAGUAGAUCUACAUCUAUAUUAAUAAUAUUAUUUAUUAUAGUAUUAGUAGAUCUAUAAUGAAUCUAUAUACUAUAUACAGAAUAAUAUAGAUCUACUAGACUAGAGGCUCGAGUCUUGACUCGACUAGAAAUAGAUUAAUAGAAUCAGAAUCAAAUCUAGUUCUAGUCUAACCCUACGACCUACCCUACGAUUAGAAUAGUUGAUCUAGAUUCUACGAAAUAAAACGUAUAAUCUUGACUAGAUCUAGAUCUACUUUACUAAUUUCUCUAGAGUCUAAGUCUAGGCUAGGGGAGUAGGAACUACUAGGAUCUAGAGUCUAAUCAGAUUCGACACAGUGAGUCUGAGUCAAUAUUCACUAAUAAAGUAGGCGACAGCCGUCAAGUGAGAAAUGACCAUCAAACCAAAAAAGAAGGUUGUUAAAGAGAAAAAUGAUACAGAAACUACUGAUCCCCAUUCAGCUGUUGGCCACCCCCAUGGUCAUGGCCUUUCACUCCAGCAUGGUCAUUAUCAUCUCAGCAGUAACUCUGAAAAUAGGCUUGAAAAGACACCUCGAGUUAGGACAUCACCCACACGAUGGCUACCAUCAACAUCUGGCCGAGAUGAUUUAUCACACUCUCUUUCUGGAUUGACCCAAUCACUGUCUUCAAGCACAUCUUAUGAGUUUGAUGGACAUGAAGCCCCAUCAAAUCAUAAAAGACGCCAUCGUUCAUCACCCCACAGAACUAUUCGAAAACAUCGCAAUAAUCAUGUGCCUAAUCCAGGUGCUCUUCCUAACAAUACAAACAAUCUACCACAUUUAGGAACAAAUGUUGAAGAAUGUGAUGAAGAAUAUAAUAGUGAAGAUGAACAUAGUCAACCUCCAGCAGUUCCAGAAAAUAUCAAUGAGCUUGAGCAGUGGUUUGAAAAAGCUUUAAAAGAAAAAAAAGGAUUUAUAAUCAAGAAAAUGGGAGAGGAUGGGGCAUGUUUGUUCAGAGCAGUAGCUGAUCAGGUUUAUGGGGACCAAGAGAUGCAUGGCACUGUUAGAAAACAUUGUCUUGAUUAUAUGUCAAAGAAUGCAGAUUUCUAUUCUCAAUAUGUUACUGAAGAUUUCACAACAUAUAUCAAUAGAAAAAGAAUGGAUUCAUGUCAUGGCAAUCACCUUGAAAUUCAAGCAAUAACUGAGUUGUUUAAUCGACCAGUGGAAGUGUACCAAUAUAGUUUAGACCCUAUGAAUACAUUUGAUACUGCCUACAAAACAGACAAUCCUCCUAUACGGCUCAGUUACCAUGGAAAUGUUCACUACAACUCAAUAGUGGAUCCCUAUGCAGCUUCCAUUGGUGUAGGAUUAGGAUUGCCAGGUCUCCAACCUGGGCUGGCGGAAAGAAAUCUCAUGCAUGAUGCUAUCAAAAGUUCAGAAACAUUUCAUAUAGAGCAGACCAUGUUGGAAGAUAAACUGAGAGAAACAGAUUGGGAAGUGACACAAGAAUCAAUAGAUGAGCAAGUGGCCAGAGAGUCAUAUUUGCAGUGGCUCAGAGAACAAGAGAAAUCCACUCGCAGAUCAAAAGGUGCCUCUGCUCGAACUGCCAGUGCAACUUGUAGCUCUACUAGUGAUGUCUCUCACAACUUACUAGAAUCAGCUCCCAUGAGGUCUCCAAGACAACUAAGGAGUGGCAACAGUAGUCCACAACAACAAAUGCAGUCUGAUGACCAAUUUAUUUCAUUGCCUGGCUCAUCCAAAUCUCCACGCCACAGUCCACCCCACAGCUCAGUGAGUGGAGCCAGUGCCAAUGGAGAUGAUAAUAAUUCUGUCUGUAUAAUGGACCACCUACCUCCCACACUUUAUGGUCUUUCUGACUGGAGUGAAGAAGACAUCUUAGCUCAGGUGAUUGCACAAUCACAGCAGGAGUACCUGGACUCCCUGAAGAAAAAAGUGAACACUCCAUCAACUUCUUCCUUUUCAAAUCACCCUUCCACAUCUGCAUCCUCCUCAUCUUUUGCUGGAGAUGGUGCUGGUUGUAGUGGUGCCUCAACUUCUACCAGUUGCAACAAAUAUGUUAGUCACAAGAGCUAACUUUAAGCAAGGUUUUAGAGCUGUGUUAAUUUAAAUUUUAUACUUUGAGUAUUUAAUUUUGUUGUUUUUUUGGUUAUUUCUCAAAUGAUUUUUUUUACAAGAUUGAACACAAAUGAACUCCAUAUAAAUAUAUGCAUUCAAGUGACUAAAGAAGUCAAACAUUGUUUGCUCUCCUAUUGUAUUCCUUUAACCCUGUGUGUGUUUUUCAAUUUUUUAAAAAUCCAUUUUUGAUUUGAGCUUAUAAAGUUUUUUUUUUUUUUCUUUUUGUUUAGUAUAUUUGGACUCAAACAAAAAUGGUUGUCUUUGCUCAUGCUUCCAACACCCGUCCUCUCUGCUCUCUAAUACUUUUGAGUUUUUUUGUGUGUUUUUUUUUUAAUAAAUUUUUCCAGCGAUGCAACAAGAAUUAUAAUUCAUAAUAGAAAUGUGAAAAACUGGUUUGCAACUGCAAGCAAAAGCUUUGGUUUCCAAGUAUAUUUUUAAAAAUGUAUUGAAAAUCUUCAAAUACUGACAUCUUUUACACCUGGCCAAAAUUGCUUUUGAAUUUCAUUCUAGAAUAUCUCUAUUUUUGUAGAAGUAACAAAUGGUUGGAGCAGUCAUGGUUAUUUGGAGUUUUUAUAAUGUUCUAUGUCCAAGCUGUGCAAAUUGUAUCUUUUGAAAACUGGCUUAACUGCAUGUGUACUACUGGUUGAAAAUAUUGAACCGCUUGUCAGUCAUGCAUAAUUAGGAUCUAAAGUUUUCAUUUGUACAUGGCCAAUGAAUCAAACAUAAUCUCAACUCUGCUAUUUAUUACACUUAUAAAAUAUUACUCUUGAACACUUUUUUUUUUUGCACUAAUUGAGUAAUUUCAGUUCCCUAACUUUCUUCUAUAUCUCUUUUUUAAGAACAUUCUAAACUUCAUUUUCAGCAUUUUUUCUUCCCCAUAUGAACUACUAAUAAAUUAGUCAUAAUCAAAACCCUAAUUAGGGAUAUGGUGAUAGUUGUGCAAUCGCAUAUUCUAAUUGUAUCAAAUGAUUAAUAAUUUAAUUUGAAUAAUAACUUUGGCUUUUUGUUUCUUCCCAUUUGUGUACCAAAUACAAUAGAAUGAGGUUUAGCUGUGACCAUAUUGAGAUGCCAUCAUUUUGGUCCUAAUAGCCAGCAUGAACAUGCCUCAUACAGGAGUUUUAUCAUUUUAGCACAUUAAAUGUUUAUUAAACUUUUAUUGCACAAUAUGAACAUACAGCAAAUGUGCAAACAAGAACUACUGUUGCUUACUUACUUUGUUCAUUGACAAAUAAAUUUGCAUACAUGUUUUCUUUUUGAUACACUCUACAACACAAUGGUAGGUAUUUUUCUGCCGAUGUUGAUUGACCACAUCAAAUCAUUUGUCCUCUCAGGAAGUCCAGGAACUAUCUUGCUGAACUACUUUGUAUCCACUCUAAGUGCUGACUUGUGGCUUCUUUUUUCAUUCUCCUUCUUUUGUCUCUUUUUUUUUUUUUUUUUUUAAAUGUAGGUUCAAAUAAGUGAAUAACUUUAAACGUACAUAAUAGAAUUUGCUUUAUUACUCUAGGAUUCGGUCUGAAAAAGCAGUUGGUCCCAUUAACCAGAUUCCACUGUAUUAUAUUAUUUAAUUUAACUAAUUACUUUGGGUUGAAAUAAUUAUUUUUUGGGGGGGGGGGGGUAAUGCAAAGUUAAUUUCCAACUAUUAAUAUGCUCUGUAUGUAGCUAAGUAACAAAAAUAGUAAAUUGUUUUCUGUUUAAAAAAUACUAUUGUGUUGUUUUAAUAAAUGUAUUGUUAAAGAGAGCUUUGGAUAUGUACAAAAGUAGAUGCUGCCAUAAAAAUAAAAAAAUUUAUAGAUCUAUAUAAAUCUCUAGACAGGUUAUGAUUAUAUUUUUAUUUCAAUUUUUUUUACUUUGAGAUUUCUUAUACUAAUUAACUCAUUUAUGAUCAAUUAGAUGGUGAAAAAAAAAAAGGGUUGCUCUGUGAAGUUUCUCUUUUAAACAGAAAACUAGUGAAUGCCUAUUUGUAAAGUUUUGAAACAAUACAUUUCCCAGUUUUUAUGGAAUAUAAUUUUUUCUUAUUGAGAAAUGGUUAACUUUCUAAUGUAAUUUUGUCUAAAACUAGAUCCACUUGAAUAUUUUUGUAAGAUGUCCAAUGAAUUGUCAGGUGUAUUCUUAUCUCAAAUAUAUCUACACCUUUUUUUUUGUUCAGUCCAUGAGGCAAGUCUUGGGUUUUAAGGAAGGAAAAAAAUGUUUGGACUAAAAUGAGAGAGGGACUAUAUGUACUAGAUAAAUUUGAACCUAACAGCAAUCUUAAAAAUCACUUUAAAAGGGAUUGCACUAGCUCGCCUUCUCUGUUUUGACAUUGUGGCUAAAUGUGGAGUUACUCUUAUUUAUUCUUGCUUGGUUUUAUUCAUAAUUUUUUUUUUUAUGAAUGAAAAUUAUUACCCAGAUAAAUUUAAGAUCAAUAAUUAUAUUUUUUUUAUUUUGGGAAAGUUAACAAUUCCUACUGUAUGGUACUCUGACAUAUACUUACUUCCUUUCUUUUGUUUAGCUUCUAUGAAAUGAAACUGUAAGAAUUACAUGGAAAAAGUAAUUUGUUUGGUUUGAUCUUGUUCAAAAUGAGUUGUGUAAUUUUUUUUUAAGGGAAAAUUACACACACAAAUUUUAUUUGGUAUAUAUUUUUAGAAAGGUUAUAAAAAAAAAAGCAUGUAAAACUUUAAAAGUAAUAUUAAAGGGUAGCCUUCAUGAAUCCAUUCUAACAUAAUGUAAAAAUGAUUGGCAUACAUAUAUAUAUGUCACAUGGAUAUUUAUGAAAACUUCAUUAUUACAACAUUAAGAUUGUCCAAGUCAGUCAGCCCUUAUGGUUGUUGUCUAAAAGGGUAUUUCUUAAAUCUUAUGAUAACAAAAUUCAAGUUAAGUAAUUUAAGUUAAGUUUUUAAAACAAUGUUACUUAAUUUUCAAAAUAUAAAAAAAAAACAUUUUUUUAUAAUGACUUUCAGUUGUUUCUACAGAAUUGGAUCACAUCCUAGUUCAAACUUUCUGCAAAGCAUGGGUUCAAACUCAGGACUAUCAUGAGGAAAGUCUGAGGCACAUACCACACACAGUAUGUCAGUAUGUAGGAAAUUUAUAUGUGCCCCAUGUUAGAAAUAUAAACUGCUAGUACUAAUCAUUAGUAGGUUUACUAGAUCUAAAAUCUUAAAAUGUAAUCUAGAGUACUUAUUUUUUUCAAGAAAACUUGAGACAAAUUAAAGAAUUUUUUGAAAAAUUUCUUAAUUGUAAAUAACAUAAAUACAUUAUUUUGGUAGCUUGGACCAUAAUCUAGCUUUACAUCAAUUGAAAUCAUUUUAAUUGUAAGAUUUAUUAAGCUUAAAGAGAUGUUUAUAGUGGAUAAAAAACAUCUUAAAAUUAAUAAAAAAAAAAAAACUGGUGUUUUGAAAGAAGGCAUUGCAGAUUGGUGGCACUAUGACAUCAUAACUAGUUGCCCUCAAACUUUGUACAAUUUUUAGACUUGUUGACAAUUUUUGUCAUUUGCAAAAAAAAUCUAUAUUUUUGCACAUUUUCUGAAAAUAAAGAUUUUUUUUUUGUACUUUGAAAUCAAAUUAAAAAAUCACUAUUAGGCAAGAAUUCUUGAGUGAUUGAAACUUGAGUGAGGCUGUCAAAAAAAAAUCUCAAUUAUUAUUUAUAAUUUAUGCAGAUUUGUUUGAGAUUGUUUUCUCUAAGAUUUUUUUUUGAUUGGUUUGUUUUGAAUUUGGAGCAUUAUUUUUAUUAACUUUAACCAAAGUAACAAGGCAACAUCCAAUGCAUUGCCUUGAUUCUUUCAUUCAAACAUUUUUCUAAAAGAAAUAUUUGCUUUUUUCUUCUUAAAAGAGUCAGUCUUGACUUAUAAACUUGUUGAGAUAAUGAAUGUGAGUAAAGAGGAAACGUUUUGAAAUAGAGGACAUAGGAACUAGUUUCUAUUGCAAAAUGUUCAAGGCUUAGUGGCUUUCUGAAUUGAUCAUGUAUAGAGUAGAGCUGGAUGUAUUUAGGAAUGUUUUGAAUCCUGAAUAAAAUGUUGCCUUCCAUCAUGACCCAUGACCUUUGAAACAUCUGCCUAGGACCUAGUGCUUGGACACAUCCUUAGUGUUUGAAACUUUAAAAAAAAACAUAAUUUCUGUAUCACUGAUAAAAUGUUUAGAGUUUAGAACUAUUUGAAAACAAAAAUGUCUUUCCUGUGAUAUGAAUGUAUUAUUAAAAAAAGACAACUCUGUCAGUGGAGUUAUUCGGACCUGAAAUGUUUUUGUGAUAAAAGUAUUUCAUAUGUAGAUUGUCUUAUUACAACUGUUUCUAGUGCUAGAUGAUAUGUUUUUAAUCUAGUACCAGCCUAGUUCUGGUGUACUUGAGAGAGGAAGUUUAGUAGGACAUUUCAUUGAAUACAUUGCAUUUGUUGUUUCAAUUGAAGGUGCAUUCAGAAGAUUAUGCAAUAAUCCUUGACUAUGUCACAACACAGAUCUAUAACCUUGUGAUUCUAGAAUCUAUUCACCUAGUGUAGUCUGUUGUUUUAUUCUGCAUUCUUUUUUUUUUCUUUUGAACCACUGGAUCAUUGUAUAGAAUCUGCUGAUGUAUCUUGAUCUAUAGUUUGUGUUUCAUUUUGGAAUGUUUAGUAAUACAGAAUAAUUUUGAAUCAUGUUUAUUUUCUAUUCUGCUUUUUUUUUCCUCUUUUUUUCAUUGAUGCUAAAAGUGAUCAAUUGGUCAAUUAAACACACAUUAUUAAGUUGAA